AGUGUGACCGUGUUAGUGAGGGAAAUGAUAGUCAGGAGAGAAAGAGUAGUUUUGAAAAGCUGCCAUCUUUUCAUUCCUCUGAGACAUUAGCCAGCCCAGGUCAGCUUCAGCAAGUGCAGGACCAGACUACUGAGAGAAGCACUGAUGAUGAAAACACAUGGACAACUGGUACCACCAGCAAGAAGAGAAGUUCUCAGCCGCCUGCAAAUCCGCCAAAUAUUUUGAGCCGGUAUCAGGUUGGCAGAAUACUUGGUAAGGGAGGAUACGGCAUCGUCUGUGAAGGGAAACGCCUGGAGGAUGGCCUUGAGGUGGCAGUAAAAAUCGCCAGAAAGGCGAGGAAUAUGCAGUACAUUGCCAUUCCUGGUCAUCCCGCACCCCUUCCGAUAGAGGUCGCCCUGUUAAUCCUGGUUAACAGGGACCCUAAAGUUCCACAGAUCAUUCAGCUACUGGACUGGCAGGACAAGCUGGACUACUAUGUCAUGAUUUUGGAACGCCCCUCACCCUGCACAGAUCUGCAUAACUACAUUAACGACUUUAAAGGAACUGUCGAUGAAUCUGUAGCCCGACUUGUCAUGUGGCAGGUAACGCACGCCGCUAACGCGUGCAGUGCCUGUGGAGUUCUCCACCGUGAUAUUAAGAUGGAGAAUCUACUGAUCGAUCCACAAACGUUAGAGAUCAAACUGAUUGACUUUGGAUGCGGGGAUCUCCUGAAGAAAUCUGCAUAUGAUAAAUAUAAUGGCACAGCACAAUAUUGCCCCCCUGAGUUCAGAAUAGAGGGCAGGUACCACGGGAAUCCUGCAACUGUGUGGUCACUAGGAGUCCUCUUAUUCCGAAUUGUGUGUGGACACUAUCCAGAAGCCAUUGAACUGCUGGCGAUUAAAAUUGGCAUUUGGAAUCAUCCUGACUUGUCACACGAAUGCUGUGAUCUGAUUCAGCGUCUCCUGCAGCUGAAACCAAGCCGGCGGAUCAGUUUGGAGGAAAUCCUGCCCCACCCAUGGUUUCAGUCACUGAGCCCAUGAUCAGCUACUAAUGGCUUAGAAGAGGCCAUGCUGUAAGAAAAAAAGAGAUGGGAUGUCCAAAUGGAAUCUGUUUAUAAUCCGUUUUGUGCUUUGUAUUAUAACUGCACAAAACACCACAGGCGUACCCGAGGUGGGGCAGCGCUGCGGAAUGCAGGGACCCGACCCGGACGGCACAGCAGCCUGGAGUGAGGUCUGAGCGUGCGGUGCAACACGGACCUGCUUCCGUCAAAGGGCAGAAUGGCCAACUUCUACCUCCAAUAAGUCUCGGGAGGGGACCACAGUAAAUUUCCACUAAACUCAUGUUUUACAUAUGAAAUGAGUUCUGGCUAAAUAAGGAAAACGCAACGAGAGCUCGAGGCUCAGAUCGGCCCGUGAAUGCUGUGUCGUCGAGACUCAGCGUUCAUGUAUUUCGGUUAAAGUUCUUUGUUCUUGAACAUUCGAUGGUUUGCAUUGAUUAUCUUUCAAUUGAUUAUGGAAUUGUAAUAAUAUAUUUACCUGACAUAAUAAAUUGUUAUAUUUGAUUAUUCUAACAGACUU